AUGGAUAUCCUGCACUUGCUCUCAGUUGCGUACAGAGGGACCAAAGAGGAGCGAACGGCGGCGACUGCGCAGCUUGAGGAGGCUCUCCAAUCUGCUGAUGGCCCCGUACAUCUUGUGACUCUGCUACGUGCUGGCACAGACCUGACGCUGCCAUCGGAGCAAAGCCUCUCUGCCCUUAUAUACGCGAAGAAUUGCAUCGUGCACACGCUUGAUGAGGAUAAACUCGCUAGUGUUCCAGGGGUGCUGGAGGAAGUAAAGUCUCUACUCUACAGCGGUGCCUUCCGUAUGCCGCCCAUGCAUCAAAAGACUAUCCACAUUUGUGUCGCUACAAUUAUUAGCGCAUUUGAAUGGAACUACCUCCCACAGCUGAUGCCAGAAAUCACCUGUGACAGGGCGAACGUCUCCGUCGAUCACGCUUUAGCAACGCUGCGGAUGUUGUACGUAUUCAUCAAGAGGUUCAAGACGCCGAUGCUGGAGCCGAUGCCAAUGAAAUUGGAGAUCUGCAGAUGCCUCUUCACAGCCCUCCCACCAUUCCUGUCGUAUGGGGACCUGCGCGUGGACCAUGUUGUGUUGAAAGCAAUGGAGUGUGUUGUGGAAACGGCGCUGCAGGUCAAGGAGGCGCACGACAUUCCACCAGAGGCCUUCGAUGCGUGGUUUCAUGAAAUGGCGCAGCACCCGGAGCGUCACUUCGCUGCGGCUUGUGAAGCGGCAGCAAAUGGAUCCCAAAAGGUGUAUGAAGAGUACGUGCGCUGCCUCAAGCGGAUUGCCAUGAUCUCCUACUCCGUUCUCAAUGAUGCGACACGAAAGAAGAAGCCACCACCGGUGGCGAGGCGCUUCUUGACAACACACGCCGCAGCCUUCUUUGGUGUCUGGAGGCGGUGGCUAGAGUACGCCGCCACCUCCAAGUCGCGGAGUCUGCAUCACAAGGCCGAUAUGUUUGCCAUUCGCUACAUCAAGCUGUGCACCCUCGAGAGAUCUCUUUACCGAGAGCAUCUUCUACCGCAGCUGAUGCACGUUAUAGAAUCGCUUCUGUUUCCGUAUUUGUGCUUCAGUGAGGAGGAUGAAUCCGCGUUCGCAGAUGAGAGUGACCUCUCGGACUUUGUGCAGUACAUGAUGGAGGAGGGCUUCGACCAGAGUGAAGUGUCGCAGCGGCAGGCAGCGUCCAACGCAAUAUUGGCGAUGGUUAAAGGAGGGAAGGACUUCCACGAGGACGCCUUGCAGAAAAUUAUUCAAGCCCUCACUCUGGGUUUGUCGCAGGAAGACAACAGCGAAACAUUUCCGCAAACCUUUGGCUUCCUUCAUCUCCUGUCGGUGCUGAGGAAGCACCUGCGCAAGAUUCCCGAAAUUUGGGAGGCGCAGAUGGCGCAGGUACUCAUGACGUUCGUGGCGCCGCGUGUUCUCCCAACUGUUCCAUUUGUCCCAUUGCGCUGCAAGGCCCUUGUUGUAUGCCAGCGUUACUCCAAGGCUCCUAUCCCCUCGGAGGAGCACUUCGCUUCUUUCACGCAGCUCAUCUGUGCUCUCGUGCAGGACAACGAUGCGCGGGUUCGUCUGGGCGCUAUUGACGCCCUCUGUACUUUCUUGGAGAUGAAGCGCGCGCUGCCGUAUAUCCGCCCGAUUCUUGUACCAUUGGUAGAGGAAUGCAUUGGCUUCCUUAACCGUGUACAUACCUCAUUCGUGCCAACGGCCUUACUAUACCUGGUGGAGCACUUUGCACCAGAGCUAACACCUGUGUUGGGUAAAAUCGGUACAACGCUCGUACAGCACUUCCUUGCAACGGCAUUUGAUCUGGCGCAACAAGAAGAAGCGAUGACAGAACAGAAUCUUUCACUGUAUUGGCGUACUGACAUGAGUGCGUGUGCGCUGCUGGAUGCGUUGGAUACCAUCGUGCAAGCCUCCACACACCACAUGGAGGUGUUCAACAGCAUACGGCCAGACCUACUGCUGUUGACGAGAAAAGUGCUGGAGCAAGAAGAUAACAUUGAAUUUGUGGAAAAGACGCUCGUCAUCUUGCUACAUGUCAUCCACUUUUCUAAGCCCAUUCCGCAAGACUACUGGGGUGUACUCCCGCUGUUGUUCCACUCCGUAGACUCCGGCAUCGGCGUGGAUUUUUUCGUCAACAUUGAAGAAGUGCUCGACAAUUACGUCUCCAACGGGACAGUCGAGUACCUGCAGAACGCCGAGCUCAUGGAGGCGACGUACCAGACGUGCGAUAAGAUGCUUUUCAAGUGUGCGUGUGGCACUGAUGAACGAAUUGCGGUGCCGCAACUGAUUGAGGCAAUGCUGCACCAAGCAAAACACUGCGAGGCGGCACCAGGCCUCUUCGACGCGCACCUCCCGCGCUUCGUUAUGCUCCUGCUGCGCGCACUCUCGGAUGACAGGAUCCGCCAGGGAGAGGUGCGACUGCAGGUAUGGAUCGUGGCAGCGCUGAUGGACGCCUUCUACUACAAUGCCGCCGCGACGCUGCAGAUUAUAGUCGACUACAACGCCCACCCGGCGCUGUUUGACGCUCUGUUUCACUUCUUUCGUGGUGCCAUUGGUCGGAAGGACACCGCUACGAAAGGCAAGAAGGGGAAGCGCGGUAAAGACGACAACGCAAGUGAGAUAGUCGAAAAUCUCUCCCUCCUCACACGCAAGGUGGUUGUUUUGGGUAUGACCUCCCUACUGAUGCACCUCAGUAGCAACAACAACAAUGGCCUGGUGGCAUUCGACGCCUACAUACAGCCUACGCUGGCGCUCAUUGAGUACUGUGUGUUCCGCAAUGACGCCAUUCUCCAGUCGCGCUGCCGCAUAUCGGAGAAGAACUUGUCGAAGAUCCGCCAAGGCAUUGAGGAGGCGGACGUCGAGGACAUUGACCUCGAAGACGAAGAUGUGCUGGGAGUUGACGAUGCCGACGACGCCGAAGACAUGAUUAGCGACACCGAUGAUGCUGACGACGACGAUGAUGACGAUGACGAGAUCGGACAGCGUCAAGAUGAGGGUGACGACUAUGUGAGCCCUAUCGACGAUGUGUGCGAAGUAUCACUCUUUCUCCAGUGGGCAGCGAAGGUACCAGGCCUCGGCGACGGCGUGCAGCAGCACGUGCAGUGUGCCCUGACGAAAUCAGCGGAGGAGUUCCGCGCAGCGGAGGCAACGGCGCUGCGGUACCGCCGCCUUGUGCAGGAGAUCGACCACGCGAUGGAGGAGGACUUCCGCGCCCGCGCAGCAGCAACUUCAAACUGA